AUGGGAGAACUUCGUAGUUUACACACAAUAUAUAAAAAUAUUCAACAAUUAUUACCAGGUCAUCUAUUAUUAGCUGCCGAUAAUGGUACGAUCAAUAAAUCAAAAUAUUAUGAUUUAACUAAUAUAACUCUUGAAGAAUUGAAAAACAAGAAGAACAAACUAAGUUUACGAAUAAAACCAAUUAGUACUGAUUCAAUAUCAUUUAAAGAUCAUCAUCAUUUUAAUGAACAAAGUUUAUUUAUUCGUACAAAUAAAUUUUUAGAAGAAAAAACACGAUCAUAUAUCGUAGAAUUACAACACAAUGAAUUAGUUGAUGAUAUGGAUGAGAUUUAUUCUUUUUUUCGUCAGGAUCAUCUUCUUCACGAUAUUCAAUAUGAUUCAAUAGUUAAUACAGGAUUUGAUGAAGAAGAACGUCAACAUUUAUUAAAAUCUUUAUUAUCUAAUCUAUUGAGUAGUUUAAAUCAUUAUUUAGUUGAUUAUGUUAAUCAUUUACCAACAAAUAUGAAAUUAAAAUUAAUUAACGGUUCACCUUCUCAAUUAUUAUCGAAAUCUGCACACGGCGCAGCCGUAUGUUUGUAUCCUGAAGCUACUUGUGCUUGGAAGAACUCAGGUUCUCAAUGGGAAGCAGUGAGUUCAAGAAUUGUAACUGUCCGUAUUGAGUGUCGACCUGUACCAAUCACCAUCAUAGCUGUUUAUGCACUUAUAAAUCCCUCGAAUGGGGUAAAAAGUGAUAUUGAAACAUGUAACGAGUUCUAUAAAACUCUACAAGCAACAAUAGAUAAAACUCAUANUACGACAACACAAGCAUAUGAAAGUUCAUCUGAAUCGGAUAAUGAAAUGAAAGUUGAUCAAUCACAUAUUCAAAGAAAACCGAUCGUUCGACGAAGUGUUCGUUGGGUUGAAGAAAAAGUUUAUUGGGAUGCUAAGGAUGCUCAAAAUGCAAUUAAACAUGAGAAGCGGUGGAGUAAAUAUUACACCAACAAAAGUCGUGAUGGAAUAAUAGUGUAUUAUCGCUGUAAUCAGGUGCCAUUUCGCGGCAAGCAAUGCGAUGCAGCAAUACAUCUCUAUUACCCAAAUGAUAGCAAUGAAAAAUAUGGUGCUUCAACUAUAAGCUUAGGAAACUUAGAAAAUUCAUGUGCUGAAAACUCUACAGUACCACAAUCUGAAGAUGAAACAUUUGUUCUUUCUUACCAUGUGCAAUAUGAAGAUGAUAUUGAUGAUAAUGAGGACGCAAUGGAUGGUGAAAAUAAAUUUAGAUUUUUUAUAACAACGAAAAGGUUAUUGAAAAUCGCUUCUAUUUCAAUACGAAUACAUGCAGACGUCACAUACAAACUCAAUUGGCAAGUAUUUCCUGAAUUGAUAAUAGGAGCAACUGUUUUUGAUAGAAAAUUGGAUACAUUUAGAUUGGCAGUUCCUAGUAAUGAACAACAACAAGAUUUCGAAUUUAAUUUCAAAAGCAUUCCCAACGGUGUUGAUCAAAUAGUUCAAUCGAAAUUCAUGCCUGAAGUUUUAAUAGCUGAUGGUUCUGAUGCCAUACGGAAUGCAUUUAUGACAACAUUUAACAAUGAUAAAAUUGUGAUGUGUUGGGCGCCUAUGCGACGACAUGUUGAUAAAAAGUUAAGUAAUGUUAGUUUCAGACAAGAGAUACUAGAUGACAUCGACAAAUUAGAAUUGUCUGAAUCAGAAAAAGUCUUUAACUAA